CACUUUAGCGCGCGCCCUGUCACCUGCGCUCGCGCUCUCCAAUACGUCACUCUCUCGCGCACAUUUGUUUCUUCGUUUUAGCUGUUAGAAGCUGCAGGCACGCGCUCGUGUCGUGUGAUGACGCAUAGCCGUUAAAAAAGGCAGAAAUUCGCUCCGACAGAAUAAUAAACAAAAAAAACAAAAAAAUGAGCGAGAGCCCCUGAGGUGAAGCGGCACGAGAACCCUCACCUGCGGACGUUCACCUGAGCUGAACAGACGCCAUGGCUGGAGACGACCACUACCUCCGUGCUUCUAACCAGCAGAUUUAUGGAAACUUAAUCAUGGAUCCGUCCUGGGAGUUUACUCAUUUCCCUGCGAUGCCUCAGUCCACGUCUCUGCAAACAGUUUCAGCGGACGGACCGUACCUGCAGAUCCUGGAACAGCCUAAACAGCGCGGCUUCAGGUUCCGGUAUGGCUGUGAAGGUCCGUCCCACGGUGGUCUGCCCGGAGCCUCCAGUGAAAAGAACAGGAAAACCUACCCGACCGUCAAGAUCUUCAACUAUCAGGGCCAGGCUCGGGUGGUGGUCCAGUUGGUGACGGCGCUGACCUCCAGCCCACAGCUUCACGCUCACAGUCUGGUGGGGAAACAGUGCGAUAAAGGAAUUUGCAUCGCCGACCUGCAGUCCAAAGAAGCCACCAUCAGUUUUCCUAACCUGGGGAUCCUCCAUGUGACCAAGAAGAACGUGGCCAAGACUCUUGAGGAGAGAAUGAUUGAAGCGUUCAGGAUGGGCUACAACUGCAGCAUCUCCAUCCAUCCAGAGAUCGACGCCGUGCAGGGGGAGGUCCGCGUCCCGCGAGAGCUCAGCGACCAUCAGCGCUGUGUGAUCAGCAGUGCAGCGGCCAGCCAGGCCAAGGAGAUGGACCUCAGUGUGGUUCGCCUCAUGUUUACGGCGUUCCUCCCCGACAGCGACGGGGGCUUUACCCGACGACUGGAACCUGUGGUGUCCGAGCCGAUCUUUGACAGCAAGGCUCCAAACGCCUCCAACUUGAAGAUCGUGAGGAUGGAUCGGACGGCUGGCUGUGUGACGGGGGGGGAGGAGGUCUACCUGCUCUGCGACAAAGUCCAGAAAGACGACAUCCAGGUGAGGUUCUACGAGGAGGAUGAGUCGGGAAUGACCUGGGAGGCCCUAGGAGACUUCUCCCCCACAGACGUUCACCGGCAGUUCGCCAUCGUAUUUAAGACUCCAAAGUACCGGGACCUAAACCUGCAGAAGCCGACGUCUGUGUUUGUCCAGCUGAAGAGGAAGUCUGACAACGAGACCAGCGAGCCCAAACCAUUCACCUACCACCCCCAGAACAUAGAUAAGGAGGAGGUGCAGAGGAAAAGACAGAAGACGCUGCCAAACUUCCAGGAUUUCAGCGGGCACGGAGGAGGAGGUCUGUACCGAGGAGGAGGAGGGGGUUCCGCUGCAUCAGGAGGGCCUGGACCCACAGGAGGAGGGUUCUUCCAGGGUUUUCCAGGCUAUGGUUAUGGAGGAGGAGGAGGAGGAGGAUUUUCCAGCGGUUACUCAGCCGGUCUGGGAGGAGGCCUGAAACACGACUCGCAGGGCGGGGCUUCACGCGCCAGCGGCGGUGACGGUGACCCAGACGAUGACCCCGCCUCCGGGGCCAACCAGCUAGCAUCAGCCCAGCUAAGAGGCCCAGCGGUGAACAGGAGGGCUGACGAGGGAGGGGUCUGUGGGGAGCAGGAAGCAGCCAAAGAGCGGCGGCUGGUGGAUGCCGUCUGUAGGCAGCUGGGGGCGCUCUUUCACUACUCGGUCACCGGAGAUUCAGCAUACCUGCUGGCUCCACAGCGCCUGCUGCUGGCGGCGCAGGACGAGGAUGGAGACACCGGACUACAUCUGGCUGUGCUGCACGGCCAGCAAGAGGCGCUGAAGAGUCUGACACAGGUGGUGUCCGCCCUGCCUGGAGACGAGGUUCUCAACAUGAGGAACCACCUGUACCAGACUCCUUUGCACCUGGCGGUGAUAACUCAGCAGAAAGAGGCGGUUGAAACGUUGCUCUUGGCCGGCGCCGACCCAACUCUCACUGAUCGUCAUGGCAACACAGUGGUGCACCUAGCAGCUCAGCAGGAAGGAUGCGGGAUGAUCCAGUUUUUACUCCAACACAAGGAGCUGAGAGCGCAUCUCGAGCAGACCAACACGGCAGGUAUGUGCGCACUCCACCUGGCUGUCUUGGCCAAUCAGCUGUCCUCGGUCAGGGAGCUGCUGGAAGGCGGUGCUUGCGUGGAGGCUCAGGAGUGCAGCUGUGGGCGGACCGCCCUCCACCUCGCCACCGAGACCGACAACGUGUCGCUUGCUGGCUGCCUGCUGCUGGAGGGAAACGCCAGGGUGGACAGCUGCACCUUUGAUGGCUCCACCCCCCUCCACAUUGCAGCAGGGCGGGGCUUAGUCAAGCUCACGGCGUUGUUGAUUGCUGCAGGCGCAGACCCACAGAGGGAGAACUUUGAGCCGCUUUUCUUCAGGGAGGAAGAUGAGAACGAUUGUGAUGAAGAUGACGAAGGCUUCAUCCCAGGAACAAGUCCCCUCAGCAUGGCCGCCAACUCUCAGGUUCUAGAUCUCCUUAACGGUAAAGAUUAUAAACCUGAACGUCUCGGUAGAACCGUCCUCGCUCCUCAGGGUGACCUCGCUAGUCUGGACUCGCAGGUGAAGCUGGCGCUGUGCAGAGCACUGGAGAGUGAAGGAUGCUGGGAGAUGCUGGCUCACAGCUUGGGUCUGGGGAUCCUCAACACAGCCUUCAGACUGAGCCCCUCCCCCACCAAAACCUUGCUGGACAGCUACGAGGUGUCUGGCGGGACAGUCCAGGAUCUGCUGAGCGCUCUCAGAGUAGCCGGAGGAAGUCGGGCGCUGAGCGUCCUGGAGGAGGCGCUGCAUCAACACCAGGAAUCCCCGACGGCCAAUCAGACGAGGGGAAGUCCGGUUCUGGAUCUGAAGGCAGAAGUCCGGAUGGACAGUGGGGUCUGUGACAGCGGAGUGGAACUGUCCACCGCCUGACCACACGAUUACCCACAAAGCCUUUCUGCAGCUGUUGGCGACCCGGAUGGACAGAACAAAGCCCCUCCCAGUCGCCGCUGUUCUUUGCCGUCCGUCUCAGAACCUGCAGCUGUAAAUCUCUGGGAUCUCUGUGGACCUUAGAACCUUCAGGGGAACCAUCUGGUACUGGAUUGGACAUUUCUCUCCCAUCUUGGAGGCGUUGCCGGUUCCCCGUCGUUCAGAACAUUCAGAGGGGAGUUGGGAUCUCAGGAGUCCCAAACAUUUGAUCUGGACUUCUGAACUUCUCAGAACCAGGGGUCCAGAGGAGCGAGCCGGUUGGUUGAAGAUUGUCUGCGUUUUUUUAUUCUCAUGUGAUGUCAUCACCUGAACCCGGCGAGAAGCCUGCAAACGUCUGACAAAGGCUGAACAUGUUUCCCCAUCGCCAUGAGCCAAACCUGACUUCAGAGUGCAGUACGACAUGAGGCAUUGUGGGAAAUGCAGUCACCAAGAGAUUCCUCUGCACUGUGAAAAUGACCUCAGCUGUUGUUUUUAAUAAAGAUGCUUUUGUACAAA